GAAUAAUUGAAAAUGAAAUCAGAAGGACGGAUCACAAAAUUUCAUCAUGCGAUUCUGAAGUAGAAUCGAGGAUCAAGAAACAAAUAAGUAAGUUCUGGCUUCGUCUCCGAUAACGAUAAGUUGCGCCUUCGCAUGCAACAGGAAAAACAGAAACAGAAAGUAGUCGUUCUCAAAUGCAAAUGUUGCAGAAGAUUUUGUGAAGAAAAGACUCAAACAAUGAAACAGGACCAACUCCCAACCCAACACAGAUGAUAUGUUCUUCAUCCCCUUGCGCCGUUUUUUCCAAACUUGAAGAUAGAUUGAUGCCUCAUCCCCUUCAACGUAUUACCCCAAGCGUACCUACAAUCCAACCUGUUCCCAUAUAUUUCGUCCUAGAAAUAGUAUGUUCAUGUUGACCACCUUGAUGGUGACAAUAGGAGUUUGGUAUCAAAAAUGGAAAUGCACGCUUGAAUUGAUGAACGGCAACUACGGCUCCUAAGCCUACGCUCCGCAAUUUUGUUGGUACUAGUAUCGAAAAACCAUCAUCAACGAGCACUCUUGAAGACACGACCAGAAGACCAAAAAUAAAUCUCAAAAAUGGAUUGCUACAAGCUGGUUGGCUUCGAGGAAUUCCAGAUUAAGACGAAGGCGGAUCUGGAGCGCGUGCGACAAAGGGUGAAAAAAAGAUGGAAGGCUUUGAAAGAGGAAGUCGCGAAAUUGCAGGCGACUGGGAAAACAAAAGAUGCAGACGCGAAGAAGUACGAGGCUGCGAAGGUAUAGUAUUUGCUGGCUGGUUUAUUUACGGCAGGUUUCUAUUUGAGUCUGUGUUAAUAUUUCAUGUAGGACCACAGCCACAGCGACGAGGACCUCGCAGUCGCGUUAUUUAAAGAUGAAGUUUUAUUCCAUGAGCAGAUGCAGUUGCAGAACGACUACGAAAUAAUGUGAUCUGCUUGUAGUGCUGCUACAACGCCAACAAAACCCUAUAAAAAACAACUACAGCUCAACGAAGCUUUCGAGCAGGUGCAGCGUCGCUUCAACAAGCCGGCCGAGCAGCUGCUGGGCCGGUCGCGGAAGGUAUGACAGUGCACAGCUCCCCCUCCCCCUCAUUUGUGUAGCAUGAGCGGCAAUACAAGCAUCAGCAAGAAUGCCGGUUUUGCAUGACAAAUCUGCACUGGAGUGUAGUGCUAUUUGGGCUACCAGAACUUCUCAUGCAAACAGCGCCAAGAGGCAAGGGGUGGAUUGGGUAUUUUGCAUGACAAACAAGGGGGAGGGGGAGUUGUGUACUGUCAUAGAAGGAAAGGGAGCUAGACGGAUUUUACAACCACCAAUCCAAGGAGAUGAAGAAGCACGCGCAGAACAUCGCGCGAAUACGGCAGCAGGAGCAGGACGCGAGGAGGUUACACUUUUCCAAACACCAGUACAACAAGCACGGAGUUGCGCUGCUCCCCGGACAAAACGGCCGCCCCUUGACGAAGGAGCAGUUAAUCCGCAUGAAAAUGAAGCGGCAGUAUUUGAAACUGAAAGCGGAGAAGAUCAAGAAGCAACUUCCGACGGUCAUGAACAAACCCAUCGACGCGAUCGACAUGCUGAAGCGGGUUUUGCAGCACAUCGAGCAGCGGCCGCGGUUCACGAAAUCCAUGCCGUUUUUGAAACGGUGGGUGGAGGAACAGAUGGAUUGGGAUAAUCGGUGUUACGCGUUUGAAGCCAUACAGCGCUUGGUCCAAACCGGCCACGCGUGCCAGCACUAUGAAUCCUUCAACGAUGUGAAGAUCGUGUUUGAAAAGAUGCUGGAGCUGAACAUCGACUUCGUCGAGAAGUUCCCCCUGGUGAAAAUCUUGUGGCAGUUGAUCUUGAACCAUUUAAAGAUUCAACAGUCGGACGACAGCUUCCAGAUGGAACGGUGCAUGAAACUCGUCCGGGAAUUCGUUGCCGAAGUGAUCCAACCGGAUUUGGAGUUCAACAACAGCGAGGAAAUGCGGAACGUUUGUUUGCCGAAAAACGCCGACACGGUGUUUCCCGCGUUUGUCGCGCCGGAGACCACAGGCGUGGUGAAGCAGGAGGAGAUAGACGAUGUUGGGGAGAAUGGAGGCACGGCGUCGAACAUCAAUCUCGGGAGCAACAUCGCUGGCGGAUCUUCUUCCUCCUCCUCCACUACUGGAGCAGCUGGUCGUGCAGCGGGAACAACAAACGGCGAAAAUGCGAUGCACGACAUUUCCGCGGAGAUUUUGCAGCAGGAACAAAUGCUGGCGGAACAUCAAGACAACAUGUCGGUCGCGGGAGAGGACGCUGUGUCUGUCGUCGGCGGGAUCAGCAAUUACGGUGGGGGUAAUGCUAGAAUUAUACCUGACAAAGAUCAUUCUAGUUCCCCUAAAAGAAGAAGAAUAGAGGAAGAAGGUCUUGGGCCUGGUGCAGCUGCACCAGAUGAACCAGCAGAUCAAGAGCCCCACCAACAAGCAGCUGCAGCUUCAUCUUCCCCCGCAGGAGCAGGCGACAACUCCGAGGAGGAAUCCGACGAGGAUGAUUUUUUCGGCGCGGCAGUGGGGAAAGUCAACCACGACCAGUUGUUCGCGCAGGAGCAGGAAUUGGACGCAAAGUCCUCCGGGGACGGCAAUAGGUAGUUUGAUUUUUUUUUGAAAUCUGAUUUCAAAGAAAAGAGUUGCGUUCCAAUUUAUUCAAUUAUGUACGUGAUUUUUUGUUCAAUUUGUGAGAAUCUUCCUGCUUCAUCAGGGUCCACAGUGUGCUGGUUGUGCUGCAUUGUUGUCCUCUAUUGCACCAGCGGCUUGAUGACUGCUUUCCUGCAAGAGGUCUUCAACAAUGAGGCGUAUCUCCUUUCUCCCAAAUCCUCAAUUUCCCCCCUCAAAAAACCUCGAAUCUCAGGUCCCAGCAGAACAAGCCCGGUCCCGGUGCCAGUUCUGUCGAUUCCCAAGCAGAGAACAAUUUAGUCAACGAGAACCAAGAGAACGACGAGGACGAAAAUUACCGCUACCGUCCGCCAAACGACGCGGUCAUGAAGGCUUUUCUCCGUCGGGAGUUUGCCAUGAUCCUCGAAUCCCUCUUCAACAUACGGGAGAAAAAACUCGCGUUGCGACCUUUGCUCGACCCGUACUUCCAAGAAGUUUUCUACGACCGGCAAAAGCUCGGGUUCAGCGACAGCGACAUAGCGCUGAUUGAGGAGUUUCAGGCCGCGAUCAAGAAAUCGCGCGCGGCGGCGAAACAGCACACGAUCAGGAACGUCGGGAUCGACAACGACUACAUGAAGGCCCAGAACCCGGUAGUGGAUGGGCGGUCCACGAAAAACAUGGGGACCGGCGAAUGGGGCGCGGGGGAGAACAACUAGGAGUGUUGAAGAAGCAGAAGAAGAACAUCUUCGUGCAGCCCGAAAAAGUUCGUAUAUUACGUUCCUGCACACUUGCUUUUCGGUGGUUGCAAAAAAAAGCAGACGACCUCGGCGUAUGACGAGGAGCGACUGGUCGUGUGUUUUGCUCAGAGAGACGCUGGGAAUCGCUGGGGGAAGCUGAAGCAAGGAAUAACAAGGAGCCGUCGUCUGCAUGCUGACGCGGACGAGCAGCAAAUUAUACUGCUGUUUCUGCAUCCGCUUCGGUGGUAAUCUCCGUCGAACAAGUUGAUGAAAGCAACAUCUUCAUCGGGAAGAUCAAGCACAAGCGAACAGAAUUUUUGCAGACUGAUGCAAAAUCAAAUGACAAAUAAGUUCUUUAUUUGGACGAAACUUCAGCGACAAAGCUAUCGACACGUAGUAAAAUGAUGAACAUCAACAUCCUCACAAU